AUGGCGCGCGGAUGUCCGCUGCUGGCGCUGCUGGCGCUGGGGUGGACCCUGGGCAGCCGCCCCUUUGUGACGCCCAGCGGGCUGGGCCUGGAAAGCUCACUCAGCUCCACGUCCUUGCGCCACCCCUCGCGCGCGUUACUGCGCGGGGUGCGCAGUGGGCGCGCACGGAGCAAGCUCCUGCGGUACGGACAAAGCCAGUCGCGACGGAGCCUGGUGCAACAGGCUUUGGACUUUCUGCCGGUGCUGCCAGGUGUCUGGUUCGUGUACCUCUUCUCGCGCUUGCCCAAGCAGUACAUCGCAGCCAAUGGGGAUCCCAAUGCUAGCAGCGGAACAGGUGCUGAGACCUGGGGACUUUGGACGAAGGACCCUGGGCCACGGGGGGUGCGGCUGAAGAACUUCCCGCGCCUGGCAGAGACGGGCGAGGCCCCUGCCGGCUGGAGCUUUGAUCAGGCAGACUGGUGGCUAGAGGAGCAUGGUCUCAUCAUGGAGCAACCCGAAGCCCUGCCUCCCGGAAAGUAUGAGGUCACGGGCGACCGUGAGGUGACAACGACCUUGACGAUCUACCCCAAGGACAGCAACGGCCAGCAACGAUGGGAAUUGGCCAAUGGAGCCAAACUCUUCGAUGUGACGCAUUUGCCUUGCCGCUCCGCGCGCUACACGGGCGCCCGCUGCUCGCCCGCGGCGGCGCGGCCGAGCGACUUCCCGGUGACGCCGGGGGCGGCGAUGCCGCCGGUGGCGCAGUGCCAGAAGCAAGACCAUGCCGUCCUCUUCGUUCUGAGCUCACAAUCAAGCUGA